CCGGGGAAAUUAGAAGAAGCUGCCGAGGAUGCUUAUAACGAGGACGGCCCGCUGCCAGUGGUGAUCUUGCUGGACUUUGAAACGACCGGGCAGGGCACCACACAGAACCGCAUAGUGGAGCUGGCGCUGAGGGACGUGGCGGGGGGGAGAGGGGCAGCGCUGCACACGCUGGUGAAUCCGUUCCCUCGGGUCAUCUCUGCCGACGCGGAGAGGAUUCAUGGGAUCAGCAUGCGCAUGGUCAACCGCCCCUCCGUGCCGCACUGGCGAGAAGCUGGGCGGCUGCUGGUGGACUUUGUAGAGGCCCGGCGGGUGGCACAGGCUGAGCGGGUGGCACAGGCUGAGCGGGCGGCACAGGCAGGGCGGGUGGCACAGGCAGGGCGGGCAGCAGUCUCAGUACACAGCAGUGCUACCACUGGCGUCUAUGUCAACACCGAGACCGGGGCAGGAGGAGGGACGCGCAUGGGGAUGAUGAGUGCAGAGAUGACUCAGACGAGCGCUGUUUCUUCUGCAGCCGCCCUGCUGCUGCCCCCGGUGGUGCUGGUGGCGCACAAUGGGUGGUCGUUUGACUUCCCUCUGCUGCGCAACGAACUACAGCGAGUGGGGAUUGCUGUGCCUCCGGGUUGGCACUCCCUCGACUCCAUGCGCCUCGUGCAGAGGCUCUUCAAAGACGCAGAUCGCAAGCCAGCAAGCAAGGCCCUGGGGUUCCUCUUCUCAACGCACUUCCGCUGCUCCACGCCUUUUGCCCACCCAGACCUGGCCCACCGAGCCAUGGCUGAUGUGGACAAACUGGCCGAGGUGCUCGCUGCCGUGAUGUGGGAAAGAGGGGUUACUGUACAACAGUUGUUACAGUACACUAAACCAUUCUUAUAA